CAUCAAAAGACCAACACCUCUGACAUGGAGAGAGCAAGAUGAUCAUGGUACCUUAGAAUUCUGACAACGUUUAUACCCAUACAGAGUACUCAUCAAGAUGGACGGCGGUGGAGUCACAUCAAUGGAGAGAGUGCAUUCAAAUGUACCGAUCGAAUCAGUCAUCAAUCAUGACGAAUUAACAGAUAUAAGAGCAUAUCAACGUACAUUCGAUGGAGCAUAUACCAGAACAGCAUUGGGACAGUUGAGUUAUGCGAUUCUCAUUUUACGUCUAUUUGAAAGGGAUUUUUACUGGUGUGGAUUAAUUUAUACAGUUUUGGCCGUUCAAUUAAUCUUUGUGGGAAUGUAUCGGUAUAAUCUGGCAAUCAAAAAUGACGAUCGAUGGGAAAAUGUGAAUGUGAAGAUGGUGUCCGUCCCGAAUGAUACGAUUGAUGCAAGUGAACCAUCUACCCAACAACCUGCUCCCGACAAUAGUGCUGUCGUAUCAGCCUCUGUCGCCUAUAACACACAUGCAGCUCAUCGAUCUCUAUUUCGACCCACUUUUCGUACAGCCGGAAAUGCAGUCGCUCUGGCUACAGCUGGAACGCUGGUGCUAGAAUUGACAUUGAUGGUAUUGGUGAUACGAAUGUAAUUAUAUGAAAUGAUGAUGUAUUUGUACAAAUG